AGAUGGCGGAUGUAGAGAGCGAUGAAACGCGGGCGGCUCUCCCUUCGGCAUCCCACCACAACGGCCCGGUGGCGGCGACCGCACCGGCGGCGGGCACCGCGGGCCUCAGCCCGGCUACUGUGACGUCGGGUCCGCGGAUGGUGCGGAUAGUCAAGUCCGAGUCGGGCUACGGCUUCAACGUCCGCGGGCAGGUCAGCGAAGGCGGCCAGCUGCGGAGCAUCAACGGGGAACUGUACGCUCCUCUCCAGCACGUCAGCGCCGUGCUGCCCGGCGGGGCUGCGGACCGGGCGGGCAUCGCGAAGGGCGACCGGAUCCUGGAGGUCAACGGCGUGAGCGUGGAGGGCGCCACCCACAAGCAGGUGGUGGACCUGAUCCGCACGGGCGAGAAGGAGCUGGUCCUGGCCGUGCUGUCGGUCCCGCCGCAGGAGGCCGACGGCCUGGAGGGCGGCGACGACGUCCAGCCCAACUACGACUACGGCGACAAGCAGGCCGUGCCCAUCUCCAUCCCCACGUACAAGCACGUGGAGCAGCACUCCGAAAGGUUUGUGGUAUACAACGUGUACAUGUCGGGCCGGCAGCUGUGCUCCAAGCGCUACCGGGAGUUCGCCAUCCUCCACCAGAACCUGAAGCGCGAGUUCUCCAACUUCAGCUUCCCCAAGCUGCCCGGCAAGUGGCCCUUCUCGCUGUCCGAGCAGCAGCUGGAUGCCCGCCGCCGCGGACUGGAGGAAUACCUGGAGCGAGUUUGUUCUGUAAGGGUGAUCGGGGAGAGUGACAUCAUGCAGGAGUUUCUCUCGGAAUCAGACGAGAACUACAACGGCGUGACAGACGUGGAGCUGCGAGUGGCGCUGCCCGACAAGACCGCCAUCUCCGUCAGGGUGCGCAAGAACAGCACCACGGACCAAGUUUACCAGGCGUUGGUGGUGAAGGUUGGAAUGGACAGUAUUAUGGCCAGCUACUUUGCACUGUUCGAAGUGAUCAAUCACACAUUUGUGCGAAAGCUGGCGCCCAACGAGUUCCCGCACAAGCUUUACGUGCAGAACUACACUUCGGCCGUGCCGGGCACUUGCUUGUCGCUGCGCAAGUGGCUGUUCAGCUUCCAGGAGGAGGAGCUGCUCCGAGACAACCCGCUGGCGCUGCACUACUGCUUUCACCAGGCACUGGAUGAUGUGAAGAAGGGAUUCAUAAAAACAGAGGACAAAUCCUACCAGCUGCAGAAGCUGGCAGAGCAGCGCAAGAUGGCCACGUACCUGAGCCAGCUGCGCUCGUGCGAGGGCUACAACGAGGUGGCUUUCCCGCACUGUUCCUGCGACUCCCGGAGGAAGGGCCACGUCGUGACGGCCAUCGGCAUCCAUCACUUCAAGCUGCACGCCUGCACCGAGGACGGCACGCUGGAGAACCAGGUGAUCGCAUUUGAGUGGGGCGAGAUGCAGCGCUGGGACACGGACGAGGAGGGCAUGGCCUUCUGCUUCGAGUACGCCCGAGGGGAGAAGAAGCCUCGCUGGGUCAAGAUCUUCACUCCAUACUUCAACUACAUGCACGAGUGCUUCGAGCGGGUCUUUUGUGAGCUCAAGUGGAGGAAGCAGGUUGAGGAAGAGGCUUCUGAUAAAGACAACAAAAACUGCAGCAACAACGAGUAUCUGCCGCCUAUGGAGACGCAGCAGAAGGGAUGGCGCCACCUAGGGGGAGAGAUCGCCACAUCCUAAACAGACGCAAAGCCGCAAACCCGUCCCACACCGAACUGUUCCACUCGCAUCGUCACACCCACCCCCGAGAGCGCGCCCGUCGAUCACACCAGGUCUCGCGAGACGGGCAGACGCAGUCGGCACCCCCCGGCGAAAGAUCAAACUGGGAUUUUUUAAAUUUUUUUUGCAGGAGGGGGCAGGAAUAUAUGAAUAUGUCACACAUUAAGCCAGGGAUACGUACCAAGGCGAGCGAUGAAGGGAAGCCUGCUUUCAUUUCAUUCCAUCGGAUCUCCAUACUGUGUGUCUGUGAGACGCUUCCCCGGCAUACGAGCCGCCAACACGUUCGUUGGGAGCACGUGCCGGAAACGGGACUUCGGAGGGCGGGCGAUUUGAUACGCUCGGCCUGGAGCGAGCCCACGGCCAACUCAGCAAAAGGGACAGUAAAUGGACUAAGGGACGGCGGAGAGAAAAAUAAAUGGCGUGUUUUCGCUACCGAAAGAUGCAAAGUCUGAUGCUGGACACGAACAAAAAAGUUUUCUAUUAGUGGGGUCUGUUUUUUGUUGUUUGCUGUUGUUUUUGUCCGAAAACACACGUGAGACAAAAUGUAACUGUUCUAAUUGUGUGUACGUUUAACAAGCCUUUUUUCCUGAUCAAAUAUAGAUUAAUAUAAGAGCUAUAAUAAUUGAUUUAUUGGUUUAACCUCAAUCGUAUGGAAAGACUUUUGAGCAUUUAUUUGAUAAACUUGAUGUCCUGCUUACGGUCCAUGUAGUAGUAUGCUAUUUUUCCUCACUAUUUGGACAAUUCAGCAUCCUAGUAGAACAACUGUGUCUUACUAGUAACGUUUUUUCCAUGACUAGUGCCCCUUUUGGCCUACUAGUGCACAUUGAAUCUUAGUGGUAAACUACUGUCCCGCACAACUGGGCUCAACUUUCACUUGUAAAGCGCUUUGCUAACUUAAAGGUACUCAAAGCACUUUAAACUAGUAGUCAUGUGUCAUGCACUAGUAGCCUCCAGGAUUCUACUAGCACCAAAAUGCCCCCUGAAUAGUUUUGCCUCAGUUGUAACGUAGUUAUCCAGAAAAGUCACACCAUAGUGGAAAAAUUGUUAAAUGGAAGACAGUCGGUCGAGUGUGGUGAAUUGUCUUACUAGUGAGGACCGAGAGCUUACUAGUACACAGAUCUUAAGAUAGAUAUGAAGCAAAUCAAAUCAAUGCUCAAAUGUCUCCGUUUGUUGUGUUCAGGCAAAACAGUGACGUGUUAGGUCCUGCAGUUCUCUAAAUGGACAAUAGAGGGCAGCAGGUGCCAGUGUGCGAAUGUGACCCGCCGGGCCAGUGGCGAGUUGGUGGCAACAUUAACCAGGAAGUGUGUACGAGCGUGUCUAACUAACUGGGCAGUGACAGCCUGCUGUCGCGUUCAUUUGCCGCAGUAUUAGUCGGUUUUUUUUUCUUCGAAUUUUGUAUUCUUUUUUUUUUUUUUUUAAGUACAUCUUGCACUAACCUGAAUAGUUGAGGUUAUUCCACACGAAAGGGCUGGAUGUCAUGGUUCAGCCAACUUUGUGAGUGCAGGUUUGACCACUUUGUCGAUUUGUUGGGUGAGUGAUGACGAAAGAGGUGUUGUGUAUGAUUGUUGAUAUCUUUUUAUUUAUUUAUUUUGUUUUUUUUUGGGGGGGGGGGGGGGCAUGGCACAUUUCUCUUGGUUUUCUGUCGCUUGACAACAUUGCAAUGUGCGUCGGCGUCAGGAUUAUGUUUUGCAGCCUCUGAACACGAGCACCUGUGACUUGGCAGCCUUGGAAUUGCUUGUUUUGCUGUUAAAGUGGCCCGGCGUGAACUCAACUGCAGAGGACCACGCGUACAUUCGGGGCGAGGAGCUUAGAAUUGGAUUCUCUACUACAGCUUCAGUAUAUUGAAUGGUGCUCGGUUGCGUUUGUCUGUAAACGUCAGCUUUACAGAUGCCACAUCUACCCUGCAGGGCUUGUGCUGACGACGUCUGCCGCGACUCACGUUGCUCUCAGAUCGGAUCAUGGUGGUUUAUUUCCUUCAAGGGCAAUUGGGAGGCAUUUAUUUGAGAGCAAGCAGAGCGGCGGCCUCCAUUUGAGGAGAUACGUUCAUUUAGAAGAUGGAUGAACCCUUUUUCUUUUUUUUCCUUUCCCCCUUUUUUUUUGAUCUUGUGCCGAGAGACCGAGCGCGGUUGCUUGUCUGCGCCCUCCCCCUUCUCUUCAGGUUGCGAUGUGGUUGCCACGGCAGCACCAUCGCCGACUCCACACGCCGCUGUUUUCUCUUUCCGUCCUGGCAAAUUGGCUCAAUCCUCCCACGUGAUGGAGACCCGGCUUUUUGUGAAUGUCACCGUGUUCGGUUGCUUGCGAGCGGAGGGAGAUGACAUGAAUGUUAAAGAGCACGCCUGAUAUCGUGUGCCAAGAUAGCGAGAGCAUUUCCUCAAAAAACAAAAAUAAAUGCCUAAAUAGAAGCCACAACUCAAUUAGUUGCUGAGUGCGUCAUCCUAAAAUGGACGCCUGAGUUCUCCCAUCUGAAAAGAGAAGAUAGUAUGUGGCAGCAUGGUAGAAUUGCGUUUGGCACGUCUGCGUCACAGUUCUCAAGUUUGGGGUUUGAAUUUGUUUUCCCGCUUCCUCCCACUUUCCAAAAACACGCUUUGAAGACUAAAUUGUCAACCGGUGCAAAUGUGAGUGUGAACGGUCGUUUGUCUCUCUCGUAAACGAGUUCCCGCCCUACGAAAACCGAAGAUGAUCUUCCGGAGACCAUCUGCAGUUGCGUCAAGCCCGGGCCACUAUUUUUUUUUUCUUUUUGUUCGUAAAUGCGAACUUUGCGUCUUUGUUUGUAGCAGUUGCUUGUUACUAACCAAUAAUCGAAGUGUAAUGAUGAGCGAACACACAGUUGGAACUCUGUUGCUAACCAAAACAGCAGCACCUACUGAGGUAAAUUAGUUCUUUUGAUGAAUUCAAACGAGACAUAUCGCAUGUUGUGAACGAGUUCCUCAUGCGCAGUAUUAAGGAUGAUUUUACGUGAUGCGGAGACGCUUAGCGUCCUAUCUGUCGCUCCACCAUGUUGUUUUUCUUCUUUUUCUCCAUAAUAGUCCACUUAAUUCUUUUUCGAAGUCCGGUUUCACUCGACAUGGAGCGCACGUCAUAUAUUAUUGAGAAAAUGGCCUCUCUCCACGCUCAGCUAAGUAAACAAACUCAACCAGUGCCACUGUUUGCAGUGAAGUGGUUAUUUUGAGUCUGUAUUUGUCACAGAGCGCUCGGCUUUGUUUGCGCUGUGACUCAUAUUCAUUUCACCAUUGUUUGUUUUAAUUCCCCCGUGCAAGCGCUGCAGUUUUCGCGUGUGUGUAUUCUGCCAUCAGGCCGUGACUGAAAGAAAAAAAAAAACAAAGAAAAGUGUUUAUUUAAGAGGAGAAGGCGACUUUUGUCGAGCCGUGACGUCAUCUGCGAAUGUAAGUGCUGUUAUUUUGUUGUUGUUGUUGGUUUGUUUUGUUUUUACGUUACCUUCGUGUGCGAGCGUUUCGUCAACCUGUAAAUAGUCAUUCUGGCGGAGAGAGAGAAAAAAACAAAGCACUCACUUUUGUCCGACCGUUUUAUUUAUUGACGAUGAAUUAUUGUGAACAAUGCUUUUAGAAGCACAUGCCGACGACUAAGGACCUCAGUUCACACCUCACAGGCUGUAAAAUAGAAUUUGUUUUUAUCUAUAAAAAGAAAAAAAAUAAAAUAAAGCCAACAAAUGGUUUACCAAUCAACGACGACGUGUCAAGAUGGACUAUUGUAGAGUAAUAAAUUGUAACAGCAUUUUAAAUAAAGUUAUAUAUUGGGGAA